GUCAGGACCCGUGCCUAAGACUCCAAUAGACAAAAUGGCCCCCCUCGCCCUCGCCAACCGCCCCGCCCUGCGCGCUACCGCCGCGGCUCCUCGCCGCCCGGCUCGCCGCACCGUCGUGACGAAGGCGGCCCUGCUGGACCCCACCCUGGUUGUCAGCGGCAGCACCGCCGCUUUCCUGGCUCUGGGCCGCUUCGUGUUCCUGCCCUACCAGCGCCGCGAGGCCAACUUCGAUGCCUCCGUGGGCCCCAAGACCACCGGCACCACCUACUUCGACGACCUGCAGAAGACCAGCACCGUCUUCGGCACCAACGACCCCGCUGGCUUCAACAUCAUUGACGUGCUGGGCUGGGGCGCUCUGGGCCACGCAGCCGCCUUCGCCGUCCUGGCCAUCAACUCGCUGCACGCGUAGGCGCCCUCACCUGCACAGUGCGCAGCCCGCCGCAGGGGUGGUGUUGUAGCACUGCAUACAGCAAGGCAGGGGCCACCGCCCCACUGCAGCACUGCUGGAAAGUGCAUGGCUGGCAAGCAGCAGAGGUGCGUGUUAGCAUCACGAGCUGACUGCUGACCGCUGCUGCUCAUACCACUGAUGGCGAUGCGGGUGUGCUGGGGGGCGAACGAGCCUCGUUUCUUUUCACCCGCACGGAGGAGCUAGACGGCUUGCUGUUGUUGAGUCAGCUGUGAUGUGCGGGUCAUGAGGCCGUAGUGCUGGUGGGUGGGCGGAGGCUAGGUGCCAUCCAGUGUUGCCGUGUAGGGCGGCCCUAUCUGCAUGUGGUGGGGAGCCCUACAUCAGUUUUGUUAAGCAUCAUGGAACGGGCUGUGUCAGAAGGAGCUGUUCUUUGAGGGGAAAGAGGUGCUGCAUGUUGUACAUUUUCGUGGGCUCGGAAAGCGGGAUGUGCACGCAUGCUCACUCUCUCAGCAGGUGCUGCUUCUGCUGCUGCUGCUGCAGCGACCCGAGGGAAGGACCCUUCAGCGCCAGUCGCGUUCCGCAAGAGAAGACUAAUCCAAUACUUGCUUUCCGGGAGCGUGUAAGAAAGCCAUGAGU